UCAGAGAGAGUCUAUGAUGUCAUCUUGUGGCAGAGACAAGACUGCUGGAGUGCGUGUGAGCAACCUGUCACAGAACACCAAAGGACAGGAUUUGCAUGAUCUGUUCCGCCCCUUUGGAGACAUCCACCGUGUCUUCUUGGCCAAAAACAAGAAAACUGGCCAGUCCAAGGGCUUUGCUUUCAUCAAUUUCAGGAGAUGGGAAGAUGCUGCUAAGGCUAUACAAGGUCUUAAUGGAUAUACUUAUGACCAUCAGAUUCUGUGUGUUAAAUGGUCCAAACCUUCUUCUGGUACCAGUGAGACUAUAGAUAAGUAAUUAAAGAUUAAACAAGCAUUAAUAUAAUUUGUUAAAGUCACAGGCUGAAGAAAUUGUGUGUACUACUGCAUGCUCAAGCACCUGGUCCAGUAUUAUGAUCCUGCAGGAAAUACUAUACAUGAUGAUUGAUGUGAGAAAUUAUUUUAAAUACAGAUUUGCAUUGUAAAACAUGCCCUGAUUUUAUUAUAAAGUGAAAUAUAUUGUGUUUAUUAAAUGUACUUAAUUUUUUAUAAGUUUGGUUCUAUUAAAUUCAAUUUCCAUAACA